GAAGUAAACAUGGAAUGGGUCGCGGCAGCGGAAUAAGAAUAAGAAACUGUUUUUGUAAUUGUGAAAAUGGACCGGUUUUCGUGGUCAAAUGGGCUCUUAGAAAUAAACGAAACUUUAGUGAUCCAGCAACGAGGUGUUAGACUGUAUGACGGCGAUGACAAGGCUAAGCUGGAUGUUGGAGUUGUCUUGUUGAGCACUCAUCGGUUGAUAUGGAGGGACGUUAAAAAUCACGAAUGCUGCAUAGCCAUGCCCCUAUCACAAAUCAUCUUCUUUGAGGAGCAGGCUGCAGGAAUAGGAAAGAGUGCAAAAAUAGUUAUCCACCUGCAUGCAACACCUGCCAACAAGGAGCCUGGACCCUACCAACACAGCAAGUACUCCUUCAUCAAGCUGUCCUUCAAAGAACAUGGGCAGAUUGAGUUUCACAGGAGGCUAACGGAGGAAAUGAUUCAGAAGAGAUGGGAGAAUACACCAGUUUCACAACCCAUCUCCACAGGAACCAGCUCUCAGGCUGGAAGGACACGUGCAGUGGGGAUUGUUGGCAUUGAGAGGAAGAUAGAGGAGAAGAGGAAAGAAACAGACAAAAACAUUUCUGAGGCUUUUGAGGACCUCAGUAAGCUGAUGGUGAAGGCAAAAGAGAUGGUGGAGCUGUCCAGGUCUAUAGCCAGCAAGAUUAAAGACAAGCAGGGAGACAUAACAGAAGAUGAGACCAUCCGGUUUAAGUCCUACCUGCUGAGCAUGGGUAUUGCCAACCCUGUUACCAGGGAGACACAUGGUUCAGGUACACAUUACCAUUUGCAGCUGGCUAAGCAACUGGGAGAUAUGCUACUGGCCCCUCUAGAGGAGCGUGGGGGUAUGAUGGCUCUCACUGAGGUGUACUGUCUCGUAAACCGUGCUAGAGGGAUGGAGCUUUUAUCUCCAGAAGAUUUAUUAAACGCGUGCAAGUUGUUUGAGUCAUUGAAGCUCCCGCUGAAGCUGCGUGUGUUUGACAGUGGUGUGAUGGUGGUCCAGCUGAAGUCUCACAGCGAAGAGGAAAUGAUAGCCUCAGCACUGGACAAUGUGACAGACAAAGGCUCUUUGACAGCAGAGGAGUUUGCAAAGCUCUUGGGACUCUCUGUUCUUCUUUCUAAAGAGCGGUUGUUGCUGGCAGAGAAGAUGGGCCACUUGUGUAGAGAUGACUCUGUUGAGGGUUUGAGAUUCUACCCAAACAGAUUUUGAAUGUUUAGAGUCAUUAUUGUUGAGGAAAAAAAACAAGGACAAAUAACUUAAACUGGGCUGCAUUGUGUCUGCUGAUAGACUUAUGCAUUAAAACAAUCUAUAACUACUUGGACAUACUAAUGGACAGCAGCAGAGUGCUUGCUGUACUAGACUGUCUGGUUAUGAUUACUGAACAGUUGGUGUUUUGUUUGUGGUAGAUAUCUGCAAAUAUACUGUGGGUACUACAAGCUAUUUUUUAUUUAGGUCUAAGAGCUUGACUGUAUCUUUAAAAAGUUUUUAUCAGAAAGAUACGGUUUAAGAAACUGCAAAUACUGUACAUGCAGCAAAGUGUUCCCAGAUUCGCUCUGCUUGUUGUGAUCAUGUGUAUUUAGUAGUAAAUAAACUGACUUAAUGGGA